UGCGCUUAUCAGAGCUAGCCCAGAAAACCUGCUCUUUCAGCUCAACAAAUAACAGCAGAUUACCGAAUGUCUUUAGCAGAGCAACAGAGAAAACCCUGAAACGAAUUAAGCUUGAAAAAUCUCGAUUCAGUAUACGCGAAAGAAAAACGAAAGUACCCGUUAACCAAAUGAUAUGGCAUCCAUCAAGUAUUCAUAUACUGUUAAGAGAAACGAAAUGAAAUAUUUGUGUGAAAAAUCUGUGUGAGAAGUUAUUUUUGAUCUAUAACAACACGAUGUUCAUUCCAAAGAUUUGAAAAAAUCAUAACGAAGGGUUGAUCCUGGAUAUACGAGAAUGUCUACGGUCGGAAAAAGUGCCCAGUGCGUUAAUUCGGUAUCUUUGAAACCAAUAGAGGUUCCACAGCCCCUUCAGAGCGGUGAAAAAUUUAUAAAAUGGGAUGAAGAUUCCUGCAUCGGAGUGCCAGUCACCUUGAAAGUGGACAGGCAUGGGUUUUAUCUUCACUGGGUCGAUCAAAAUCAUGAAAUGGACGUAAUCGACAUCUCAACAAUACGAGAUGUUCGUACUGGAAAGCAAUCCAAAAUUCCCAAAGACCCCAAGCUCCGCCAAAUUGUAGCGAUGGGUAUCCAGGAUACGCUCGAGGAAAAAACUGUGACUGUCUGCUGUGCAAACGAUUUUGUAAAUAUAAAUUUCAUAAACUUCUGUUGCACAAAAAAAGAAAUAGCCAGGCUGUGGACCGAUUCUCUGAUGAGCCUAGCGUACAACCUGAACCAGAUAAAUGGUACAACUAACAUCUAUCUACAAAAGGCUUACACGAAACUAACCCUUAUUACUGACAAAGCUGGAAAGAUACCGAUCAAAAAUAUUGUGAAGAUGUUCGGUCAGCAUAAAGAUGACAAAAAAAGAAUAGAAUCUUGUUUAUCUAGCCUUGGUCUACCUACUGGUAAGAAUGAAACUGUCGAUCCUCAGUUUUUUACCUUCAAAAAGUUCUACGAUUUCUAUGAAAAACUGACGUUGAGGAUCACAGAUGUAGGAAAAGUGUUCGAUAAAAUGACCGACUCGAGGCGAGAGUUGUCAUCAUCCCAAUUCGUCGAUUUCCUGAAUAAAACACAAAGAGAUCCAAGACUGAAUGAAAUCCUUCACCCUUACGCUAACAGUGAUCGGGCGAACGAAAUAAUCGCACAGUAUGAGGAAGACAAGCAGAGUAUCGAAAAAAACUGCCUCUCUUUCCAAGGGUUCUUGAAGUAUCUACUUUCCGAGGACAACAACAUCAUGUCGAGCACGAAAUUCGAUCUGAACGACGAUAUGGACCAAACGUUGGCGCACUAUUUCAUCAAUUCAUCCCAUAACACUUAUUUGACUGGACAUCAGAUUACUGGGAGGUCUAGUACGGAGAUGUACAGACAGAGCUUGUUAGCAGGUUGUCGGUGUGUAGAAUUGGAUUUUUGGAACGGAAGAACAGACGAACCAGUCAUCGUCCAUGGCUACACUUUCGUGCCGGAAAUUUCGGCAAAAGAAGUAUUGGAGGCGAUAGCGGAAAGCGCCUUCAAAACCUCGGAUUAUCCUGUGAUACUUUCCUUCGAAAAUCAUUGUAAUCCCAAACAACAGGCAAAGAUAGCUAAUUAUUGUAGAGAAAUAUUUGGAGAUAUGCUGUUAGAUGCACCGCUAGAUGCUUUCAAAGUAGAGCCAGGAGUAGCUUUACCACCUCCUUCUGCCUUGAAAAGAAAAAUAAUAAUAAAAAAUAAGAAGAAACAUCACCAUCAUCAUCACAAAAAGAAUGCUCCUGAAGUGCAGUCUCCCCCUCAGGAAGCGCCUACCCCUAAUGCAGAGACCGAGGCUACAGGAAAUGGUUCAAUAACCAGACAUCCUCCACUGCAAACGAGACAGAGCUCUAAAGAAUCUACAGGCACAGAAGAUGAAGGCAGCACCAGUGAAGAAGAGAACGAAUCGGUGCAUGAACCAAUCGAGCCUACAGAAAUUAAGGAAGAGGGAGGCAAAAAACAGAGUGAAACUGAAGCGGGUGCUGAAAUAUCGGCUCUAGUCAAUUAUGUACAGCCGGUGCAUUUUUCCAGUUUCGAAAAUGCUAAAAAAAAAAAUCGGUGCUAUGAAAUGUCCUCAUUCGACGAACGCCAAGCGACCUCCCUACUGAAGGAGUACCCCGUGCAGUUUGUCAACUACAACAAGCAUCAACUGAGCAGGGUCUAUCCCGUGGGAACCCGUUUCGACUCUUCGAAUUUCAUGCCUCAGGUGUUCUGGAACGCUGGUUGCCAGCUGGUGGCUCUGAAUUACCAGACGCUCGACCUGGCGAUGCAGCUGAACGUGGGUAUCUUCGAGUACAAUUUCCGUUGCGGAUACCUCCUGAAGCCCGAGUUCAUGAGACGGACGGACAGGAGGUUUUAUCCGUUCGCCGAGUCCACGGUCGACGGGAUAAUAGCGGGUACUGUUAAAAUAACUGUGAUAUCUGGACAAUUUUUAUCCGAUAAGAGGGUUGGUACUUACGUGGAAGCUGAAAUGUACGGUCUUCCGGCGGAUACAGUGAGAAAACGGUUCAGGACGAAAGUGGUGCCUAAUAAUGGAAUUAAUCCGAUUUACGAUGAGGAGCCUUUUGUUUUCAAAAAGGUGGUGCUACCAGAAUUAGCUUCUAUUAGAAUAGUGGUUUAUGAAGAAUCGGGAAAAUUCAUCGGUCAUCGCAUCCUACCUGUGGUUGGUCUGUGUCCCGGCUAUAGGCACGUCAACUUGAGAAACGAAAUCGGCCAACCCCUCCCUCUAGCAACCCUGUUCCUCCAUGUGGUCGUGAAAGAUUACGUACCUGACGGUCUGUCGGAUUUUGCGGAAGCUCUGGCGAAUCCCAUCAAGUAUCAGAGCGAAUUGGAGAAGAGGGCGCAGCAGUUGGCUGUCCUCACGGAAGAUAUGGAGCCCAUUGAGGGGGAGGGAAAGGACACCCAGAGGAAAUGUCCCAGCGGUAAAGUUACGAAGGAACAAGCAACGAACGGAAGUCCAGUGCAACGAUAUUCAAUACCGACUGGGUCCCAAUCAAUGGAAGUUCCAAACGAUGUCGAAUUCACGAAUGUGCCAGCAAGCUGUAGUGCAGACCUUGCAACGGAAUCUACCACGAAUACGAAUUCACUGCCCAAAUUGUCGGAAAUCAAGCCGGUACCCGAACCGGCCGAGCAAAUAGUGGCGGAACCGCUCGAAAAAUUGCUAGAGAACAAACUGGUCAAGGAGAAAAAAUUAGAAUUGGAGAAAAAACUGGACGCUCUUAGGAAAAAACACGCCAAGAAAAAAUCCACUUUUCAAACCCAAAAAUCUAGCGAGUGCGGAGAGAAAAAGCCGAAACUCAUUAAUAUGAAGCUGGUCAAAAGGUUGUCGAGUAAAAAUAUGAUUUCGUUUUGUUCCAGUAUAAGUGGUGUGUUUUCAACCGAAUCGCCCAGUAUAGAACCUCUGACUGAUGUUGCGGAUGCUCCUGAAACUGUCGAUGAAGAAAAACCUACAUCUCUUCCUAGGAGCCAAUCGGAACGUCUAUUAGCGAUCAAUAAGGAUUACAUGCUGCAAGAAAGAGAACUCCGAGAGAAAUACCAUGAAAUCAUCUUUAAUACCCUUGAAAAAGUUAUGAAAGUAUCGCAGAGCAACCAAGUUAAACUAUUGAAGGAACAAUACCAAAGAGACACAACUGAGCUGAUGAGAAAACUACAAGCUGAUCAUCGAGAAGAGGUGAAGGCUCUCGCCCGAAAACAUCUCAAUAAAGAGCAAUUCACAAGGAUCAAAAAAGAAGUAGUAUCUGCUGUUGUGGAUAGGGGAGUGUCUGAAAGAGAAAAGCUGACGCAGCAAUUUAACGAAAAACAAGAUGAACUGACAAGACAGCACGAGUGUGUUAAGGAGGCUUUGAAUGAACAUAGAACCAAGGCAAAAGCUGCGUUAACUAGAGAAUUCGAAGUUAGAUUGGCCAGACUAGACGGUGAGGCCAGUGGAGGUAGCCAAAUCGAAUGUACAAAUUAAUUUAAAUAUUGAAUGUAUAUAUUUAACAUAAAAAUGCUGAGGAAGUAUUCAUAUUCUACAUGACAACGGAUUCUUGUGAUGUGCGUAUGAUGAAAAUAUGAGAUAUUUAUGUACAGUUGCAUACACCGUUUCAAAACGGAGAUUUCAGUAUUGAUAUAUAUCGGUCAUUUAAAAGUAGUUUAAAGCAAUAUAAAAAUAGAUAUCGAUGUUACUUAUCAAAUAAUAACUUAAGAUCAGUCUCUAUUAGUCUGAUGAUGAAAUGAAGCAGCACUUCUCACCAUAGUAUAUUAUAUUUUGUAAAUUUUGAUCUCUACUACUCUUGACCAGUCUUGUUAAUAGAAGAAUUUAAAUUAAGUCGAGGAAUCUGAAUACUUUCAUAAAUUAUAAGUAACAACUCAUUUUUGCAUUUCGUAGCCACGUGUAUCUUGAACGCAUCAAAAUAAUCAAUUCGGAAACAGCGUCUCACAUUUCCAAACAACUCGGUUUUUACUACAGGGUGUUUCACGCAAAGUGUUCAUUUUUAGACGUAUCUUAGCAGCCCUAGAUACGCCAAACUUUGUUAUUUCAAAUGGGGAACCCUAUAUUUUGUUACAUACAGUGCGAGUCUGUAAAUCUUGGUAUUAUUCACUAAAUCAAAGACAGGUUUUUUGGUUAUAAAUAUCCUCGCAUUGGUCGAUUGGCAUUUUGAAUUACGCUUUUUUUGAUGUGAGAAAGCGUUAUACAGCGUGUUCCAAAUUUGAGAUAUGACGUCAUAUCGAUAAUUUUUUUUCAAUAUUUUUGAAGGGUAUAUGAAGUUGCACAUGCGUAACGAAUAUCAAAUUCUUAUUUCUUGGAAUAUCAAAUGAUAUUCCAUAAUUGGUAUUUGGGUCUAUAAAAUUUUCUCAGAUCAAAAAGAGCGCAAUUCAAAAUACUAAAAUCUUCCUAUCAAGCCUUAUAUCUACAACAAAAAAUCUGAAUUUAUUCCAAGUUACCUCCACUAAACUGUAUUUGAAUUCCUCAUAAAAUUUUAACUUUCCAGUACUGAAACCUCUAGGUUCUUCUUCAGAUAAGCCUAAUGGACUAUUCGAGUAAAACACCCUGUAGAUCCCUGUUAUUUACAUUCCAUAUUCAUAAAUCUUCAAAAUUACAGUUAUAACGAAAAAAAUACAUGCCCAUCGUUAUUAUUAUCAAUAAAUUUUUUGCUACAUGGCACAUGGGACAUAAACUACUUUUUUCUACUACUUUAAAAUUGCCGUAUCAUUAUUAACUUGAAAGAAAUAAAGAGGACCUAGGAACUAGAGUAAUUUAGUUCUCAAGUAAUAGUUGCUGAGGUAAAAUAGUGAUGAUACAACGUAAAAUAAAACAUAUAUACUUUGAAUAUCUCAGGUUCAUUCGCUAAUACUCUAAUUCCAAAUUGUUAAACUAUCUGAAUUUUCACAACUCUUCUACCUCACUUGGAGAAUGACGAAUCAAAUUAGUUCAAGGAUUUUAAUCAUUAUGUACAUGUGGCUCUGUAAUAGGUUAAGGGUGUGCUAAGUUUACCACUAGUCAUCUCGGAUGUACUAUAUAUGACUCGAAUGAAAAAGCAUCAAAAAAUUUUUACAAUGAUUUCUAUGUAUAUAAUGAUGAUACAUAAUCAGAGAUCUAGAAUGUAUAGUUAUAGUUUGAAUUUUAUUUUUUUUACCUAGUGAGAUUAAUUCUUUGAAUAAUUUUUAUUUUGUUGAUACGGUUGAAUAAUUAUUUUUAUUAUGUGUUUUCACACGGGCAAUUUUCACUUAAUGUGUUUUAUAUUUUGAUAUAGACUUCUCCGCAAUAUUUUUUUAUUGUGGGAACCGCAUAAUGAAUCACAACAUGUAUAGGUAAGCUACUUUCGAUAUUUCAGCAUUGCUGUUGGGGUCUUUUGCACAGAUGAGCGCUAUGCGAGAUAACGAGCUCCUCAAAUUCGCUCUUAUUUGUACCCCAUCCUGUAUAUAAUACUUUUCUUAACGUGAUUCGCGGGUGACCCUUUAUUAUUGUAACUUGAUGAGAUCUGAGAAUCCUUAGAGAUUGGAUUAUAAGAAAAUUUUUUUAUUUAGCUUCCGUACUGAAACAUCAAAAUUUGUUCACCCUGAACGCUUAACACAAAAAAUUGUUGUUUUGGUGAGAUAUACAGGGUGUGUCUUU